AUGCAUCGUAUCUUUGAAUUCGACGAUAUCAUAUAUGCCGUGUUACAACACGUCAAGUCCUCUGGGACGGACUUGGUGAACGUGGCAAUGACAUGCUCCAGGCUGGCGGAUUCCGCCCUCAAUAUCCUCUGGGCUGAACAGUCAAGUCUGGCACCCCUCAUCAUGUGUCUACCGCAAGACACCUGGGAAGUCACGGAGAACGAGCUGGGUCAUAUUGUUCAUUUUUCCAGAGAUCCAACUCCCAUUGAGUGGGAGCGCCUCAGAAAGAACGCAUCAAGAGUGCGCCGGCUUGUUGGCCCUCAUGGCUUCACUGACGUGCUGAAGCUACCUCGCGGUGAAUCGUUUAUCCCGGACCUAGAUGUCAGUGGUUAUGUCCUGCAAAGGCUUUUUGCUUGGUCCCGUCCCGCCACACUCUUCCCAAACCUUUGCGAAUUGCAUUUCGAUGCCGUGUUUAGUCUUCUGGAAUGUAGCUCUAAAUACUGGCUGCUUCGGAAGUUCAUUUCGCUUGGAUUGCAAGCGCUCCGGUUUGAUGUAAUUGACAUCCCGACGCAUGAAGCAGAGCAAUUGCUUGCUACUCUUCCCGCAGAAGCGCACGGUCUGCGCCAACUGACAGUAUCGGCAGACGAUGGUACUAUGGCUUUGACAGUCCCUCCGAGUCUUGGAAAGCUGCCAAAGUUAAUUGGACUGGCCAUCUUCGGAAUCGAUGUGUGCUUGACGAGGCAGACGAUAGCCAAUAUCCAGCAAGCAUGGUGUCUUCAAAGCCUCAAGCUCAAGUUGUGCGGAACCUCCUGCGAUGCGGGUGGUAUACCCCUUGAAUUGCCCAGUCUCAAAACCCUUCAUCUCUCUGAUGGUUCCUUGCCACAGUGCACGCACUUCCUUCGUCAAGUCACCACCCCAAAACUAUCACACAUCGAUAUCAGGUACCGCGGAUCUGCUAGCCCGGCCGAAAUGACCGCGUUCAUAGAAUCCUUGUCCACUUCGUGCCAAACUGGUGGAUAUUUGGAACGGGUCCAUGUGAUCGACGAAUCGAAAAUUCCUGAUCCUCUGCUCAUCAUCCCACUCUCCUCCGAAAUAUUCCGGCCCUUGUUCAAGUUCAACAGACUGUCGUCUGUUAAAUUCGUCGGCGUUGGAAAUUUCAACCUUGACGAUGGGUUCCUCUAUGAUGUCCCAGAUGCCUGGCCGAGUAUUCGGGAAUUGAAGCUCACCUCCUGGAAGAGACGUGCCAUAGAUAGCGUCACCUUCACCGCCAUGAUGUCACUGGCGUCAAGGUGCAGAUCGCUGCAGACCCUACAUCUGACGGUCGAUGCUACGCAAUCGACGAUAAUUCCUCGAGCACCGGACGGGACAGAGAAGCUUUGGCCUACGCAAACCGCCCUUCGCAACCUCCAUCUCGGGUACUCCCAGGUGUCGGAAGUUGCACGCAUACCGUAUUUCCUAGCUGAGGUAUUUCCAACUCUAUUCGACUUCAAAUGGUAUGACUAUUACUGUGGGCAUUACGACGAUCCCGAUAUUGCUAUGAUAUCAGCGCUAUCAGCACUGAAUGACGCAUUGCAAGAACUAUGGGCGCUUCGAAAGUCAGCUGGCGACCACGAUUUGGAUGAGCGAUGGGAGAAGGAUUCAGACGACAGUUGGACGUGA